CAUUCGGCCCAUUUAAGAUCCGUGAGCCCACUUACGCGCUCCACCGUGCGCAAACACAGCCAAGCCAUGGCUCUGCCGUCGUCCCCCUCGGGGUCGGCUCCGGCCUCCGCCGGCGAGCGGUGGCCGCCGCUGGAGUCGAGCCCCGAAGUUUUCAACCAGUUCGUGUGGUCGCUGGGCGUCCCGGAGGACGAGGCGGAGUUCCACGACGUGUACGGGCUCGACGCCGACGCGUUGGAUAUGGUGCCCCAGCCUGUGCUCGCCGUUAUUCUCUGCUUCCCUGAUCCGCCCCAGGAUGCAAGUUACUCUUCAGACCUACUCUUAUCUUAUGGAGAGAGGCAGGAAACACGGGAUCCGGUUUACUUCAUUAAACAGAUUGAAUCAUUGGGAAAUGCUUGUGGAACUAUCGCUCUAAUCCAUGCUGUUGGAAAUUCGUCUUCAGAAAUCAAUUUAGUGGAGAAUUCAGGCUUGGACGUGUUCUUCAAAUCAACUGCUAGCAUGGGCCCAUACGAGCGUGCUUUGUUUCUUGAGAAGGACGAUGCCAUGGCAAAGGCUCACUCAUUGGCCGCCAGUGCUGGUGUCACAGAGCUCUGUGAUGUUGUGGAAGAGCACUACAUUUGUUUUGUGGCUGUCAAUGGAACACUUAAUGAGCUUGAUGGAAUGAAGGAUGGACCUAUAAAGCAUGGCUCAUCUUCUUCUAAAAGUUUACUGCAGGAUGCUGUACCUGUCAUUAAGGGCAUCAUGCGCGACAUUCCUGAUUCCAUCAGCUUCAAUCUCAUGGUGCUAUCAAGAAAGCAAAAUAAUGCUGGGCGAGGGCCAGCCUGCUUCUCACCAACAUACAUGGCAAGCCACCUGCAGCUACCAAGAGGGUCAUGGCUGCCGUCGCACACAUUGCCUGUGAUCAACAUUGACCGGCUGAGCAUGGACGAGGUAGUGAGGGCACUUGUCAUCCAGGAGAUUGCGCUGGCAUGCCGCAAGCAGGGAUGCUUUCAGGUGGUAAACCAUGGCAUCAGCAAGUCUGUCAUGAAGGGCGCCCUCGAAGCUGCCUCAGAGUUCUUUGAACUUUCCACGGAGCAUAAAGAGAAGUUUGCGUCAGCUGACGUCCAACAACCUAUCAGAUAUGACACGAGCUCAAGGGAUGGGAUCAGCACGGCCAGAUCACUCCUGAAGCACUAUGCCAAUCCCCUGGAAGACUGGGUCCAAUUCUGGCCAAUAAACCCGCCAACAUACAGGAAGAAGAUGGGGGAUUAUGCUGCUGAGAUACAAGGAGUGUCAAUGCAACUUAUGGAAGCAAUUUUUGAAGGUCUCAGGUUAGGACCACUGUACCUCCAAGAAAAACUUGAGAAUGGAGUGCAGUUCCUGGCCUUGAAUAACUAUCCACAAUUUUUACACUGUGGUGACAAGGUCGGAUUGGGUUCUCAUUCCGAUUGUGGUUUCAUAACCAUCCUUCUGCAGAGCUCCGCCAGGCUUGAAGUCAUGCACCAUGAAGACGACACCUGGACAGCAGUCCCUGCAAUCCCUGGAGCCCUCCACGUCCAUAUUGGGGACAACCUGGAAGUUUUGAGCAAUGGACAGCUCAAGUCUCUUGUCCACCGGGCCAUUCUAAAUCCUGAUGAAUCACGAAUUUCUAUUGCCAGCAUCCAUGGUCUCUCCAUGAAUGAAAAGGUCCACUGUGCCAAGGAGCUGGUCGAUGAGGAGCACCCGGAAAUGUACAAGGAAAGCAGCUUCCAGGACUUCCUUGACUUCCUGCCAUCUAACCACGAGAACAAUUAUAAGAGGUUUGUUGAGAGCCUCAAGAUUGACAGAGAUGAAUAGCAAAAAAUGUAGUUCUGCGGCACCAGAACAUAUCUAAAUUGCAUUCUUCAGAAAAGAGUGUAAACUAUCUAAAAUAUAUUUUAGGUAUCUUCAACUGCAUCUUCAAGAGUAGUAUCUGUAUGAUGCAAUGCUGCUACAGUUUCAUAAAUCAUCAUAAUAUGGAAAACACAGUUGCUGUGGAUA